CCAGUCAAAUGUUUUAACACUUGACAGAUUUGUCAGAGCAUAAUAAUUCCAAAUUGUUGUUAUAUUUGUUUUGAAAUUUUACUUAAAGUAAAUAUUCAAAAUAAUGAGGUGGAGUGAGAACCAAACCUUUGAGUUUGUGAAACUAUAUUUUAGUUAUGAAUAUUUGUGGAACAGCGAACACGAAGACUAUAAAUUAAAUAAACUAAGAUUGAAAGCUUACCGAGACAUUGUGUCUGAAUUUAACACUUUAACUGGUAUUUCCUUAUCCAUAAGCGAAAUAAAAAGUAAAAUAAAGAACUUAAGAUCUACAUAUAGCCAGGAGCUGAAUAAAAUUAAGUUUCGAUCUGGACCUCAUUAUACAUAUGAACCGACCAUUAAAUGGUUUACGUACUGGCAUAAACGCUUCCAACAGUUACGUGUGUCUAAACUCCACGAUUCUCUUGCAACAUUUGAGGAAUCUGGUGUUAUUGACAAUGAUAGUCAAAAGUUAUGGAAUGCAGAUGAAACUGGUAACACAAGCGAUGAAGCAAAUCUCCAAUCACUAAUACCAGAGAACAAUAACGACUUAAAUUUGUACCUAAAAUCUGAACCCGAAGACACUGUACCAAUUCACAUUGACAGACACAGUCCACGUAAAAUAAGACGGAAAAAGAUUAAACAGCGAAUCCCUAUUUCGGACAUGCCGGAUGUAUUACAAUAUAGUUUAGACUCUAAUGUUAAGUUAGACAAGGAUGAUGAGUUUGACAUUUAUGGCAAAUACAUAGCUUCACAAUUAAGGAGUAUGGACUUAAAAAAAUCUCUGAGAUUACAGUUACAAAUACAAAGAUUGAUCAGUAAAGGAAGGUUGUCUAACUAGGUUCUGUUGUCACAAAGACAUUUGUAUAUAGUUUACAUCUAGUUUAUAAAGAUACAGUAUUAUUAUUAUUUAGUUAUUGUUAUUAUAGUAAAAAUGUUUAUAACGGCUAGUAGGAAUAUUGUCAAUGAACUGCAAAAAAAGUAUUAAUACAGUUCAGGUGUGUUAAUACGUUUACACUGUCCUGUGUUGUGUUUAAAAUGAUUCCAGUAUUCAUUUUGGACUUGUGAUUUUGUUUUUAUAUAAUGUUUUAGAAUCAUUGUUUGUUUAUUAUAUUCCCAAUAACAAUGUAUAUACUUAUGAUCUCAUACAAUAA